GAGCAGGAGCGGCUGGCUGUAGGAGAACUGCCGGACAAACAUGACACCUCAGCCGGUCUCAUCCCACUACAUCGCCGCAAGACGACGACGAUGAAGGUGGUGGUGGUGGUGGUGGUGGAGUUGAUGAAACUCACUGGAGUCCAGCAUGGUGGAUUAACUCUUCACCAUGAAUGACAGGUACCACAGGGCGGCCCGGGACGGCUACCUGGACCUGCUGAAGGAGGCAACUCGGAAGGAUCUGAACGCCCCGGAUGAGGAUGGCAUGACGCCGACGUUAUGGGCUGCUUAUCACGGCAACCUGGAGGCUUUGCGGCUGAUCGUCGGGAGGGGAGGAAACCCUGACAAGUGUGACAUAUGGGGGAACACGCCGCUCCACCUGGCAGCCGCCAAUGGUCACCUCAACUGCCUUUUCUUCUUGGUGUCUUUCGGUGCCAACAUAUGGUGCCUGGACAACGACUACCACACGCCAUUGGACAUGGCAGCCACAAAGAAUCACAUGGAUUGCGUGCGCUACCUGGAUAACAUCGCCACCAAGCAGACAGGCCUCAACAUGAAGCUGGUCAGCAAGAUGAAGGACAGGGCAUUUCGCGAUGCUGAGCGGCGAAUAAAGGAGUGCGUGAAGAUGCAGAAAAAACAUCACAAACGCAUGGAGCGGAGGUUUCAAAAGGAGACUUCGGAGGCCUCUGCAUCAGACGUCAUGAGCUUUUCCAGUUACAGCAGCAGCUCUCUUAGCCACAAGUUGCACAAAUUAAAUUCAGCCACAGUCAGCGUGCCAUAUUCUCAGGCUACUCUUCAUGCCACAAACCGCGGGAAGACCAAGAUACAGAGGAAGCUGGAAAAGAGGAAACAAGGAGAUGGAACAUUUAAAAUCUAUGAGGAUGGGAGGAAGAGUGUGCGUUCUCUCUCUGGACUUCAGCUGGGCAAUGAUGUCAUGUUUGUCAAACAGGGGACUUACGUCAACCCUAAGGACCGUGGUCGUCCCAACGUUCGUGACAUGUUCCCCAGAGACAAUUACGAUGCCAUUUCACGUGCCAUGAGCGAGCCGGACCUCCACGGGCCCGAUGUGGAGUACUCUGAGAUCAGCACUGACUCAGGACAUGAUUCCCUGUUCAACAGGCCUGGUCUGGGAACCAUGGUCUUUAGAAGGAACUACGUGAGUGGGGGGAUGUUUGACCUUGGUGGUCGAGAUAAGGACAGUGUGGACCAGUCAGGCAAUAAUGUGCGUUUACGCAGUCGGCUGCAACAAUACCCAAGUGCAGAUGAAGACAGCAUCGGCAGUGCACGCAGCCUUCAGGAGAGGAACGUGGAGGAACUGCCAUGGGAAGAAGUCGAAUUAGGGUUGGAUGAUGAUGACGAGGCUGACACAAGCCCUUUGGAGGUGUUCCUUGCCACUCAGAGCAUGGUUGAGUUUAUCUCCAUUUUUAAGAGGGAGAAGAUUGACCUUGAAGCUCUGUUGCUGUGCUCUGACCAUGACCUCAAGAGUAUCCACAUCCCCUUAGGACCAAGGAAAAAGAUCUUAGAGGCCUGUAAGAGACGGCUGGAGACCAUAGAAGACCCAGACAACAUAGAGGACACACAACUGUGAGUGAGGAAUUUCUGUUGUAGCGCGUAGUGAGGAAAUAUUCAGAUAUUUGUAUGGUGUCUUUGAAUUCCAGCAUGGAUGGUCUUCAGAAACCCACUGUUUCUACUACUAGUUCAGGGGAGCAUUGUGGAGUGAAUGUGACAUUUGGACAGGGAAGACAUAAAGAUUUACCUCUCCUGGUACCUCAGUGGUAACAAAAUAGCAAACACAUUGUGAAGAUGAAUGUGUCAAGCAUGAAUAGGUGAUUGUGAGACAAAUUCCUCAUAGGGCUCUGUAGGACUCAUUGUCCUGUUAGCCUCAGGAGAAUCACUGCAAAUAUAUUUUGUAUGUUGGUUGCUGGGAGUCCUGCAUGGUUUAACAAACUGAAAGACGAUUAUCAGAGUGCAGUCCUGUGUUCAUUGCAUGCCAUGUGAGACUGUUAACAGAGGACUGAUUGUUGGGCCAGUGUCCCCUGAAAGUGUUUGCCCCUGUGGGGUAAAUCUUACCACCUCAUGUGCCUGCAAUGCUCGUGCCUGUGCAUUUGCUUAAAGGUGUCUUUUUCAUAAAUACUUUUGACAUUAACUUCAUUGUAAGUUUAUUAUUAACUGUUUCAAUCACAACAUUCUGUGCAAAAUGUCCAUCCACAGCCACUGUUUCAUCUCUGUGAGUGUUUACAUACAGAAAGACAGUCCUAUUGUGGCUCUCUGUUACUACAGGCCAAUUGUUCAUGGAGAUUACUGACCCUCUCUUGAAUGUGAAAACACUGUGUCUUUAUAUCAUUAUAUAAUACUUAAUAUAGCAUCAUGUUGUUCUAUAUUUUGCAUAGAGAUGUAUUCACUUUUGUAAAUAACUCAUGUUUGUCUUGACAAUACAGUAUAACAGUCCUCCAACUGUUGCUCAGUACUGAGUAGUUCUAAAUAAUGUAUUGCAUUCGUUAACUACUUCAAUUUCUUACAUUAAGAUUGAUUUUAAAUAAAUAAAUAUUGAUGUUCUUGUGUUUAAAAUUGCUUACUAAUAAAUCCAUUAAUUAAGUGCUG